AUGUUCGCCGGGGACUCGAGCUCACAGCACCCAUCUCACAGAAAUCACACGGCUCUGUCCCAAGCCCCAGCCUUGCCACCAAUUCCCGUUGAUUCUCAACCGAGUCUUCAACAAGGCUCUCUGCCCGUCUCAAGAUCUUGGCCCAUUCAUAGACCGCCUAUCCCUGGUGCCUCGCCAUACUCAUUGCAUUCGCAUCAUUCACCGUCCCACGCGAGUCAGUCAGCUUCCCUGCUCGACUCGCAAACUCCACUUGCUGGGACCGUCACUCAGUCCUCUCUCGAUCAUCUGCCUCCUAAAGAGGAGCCAAACCCCGAAUCUUCACACGGCCUUGGGAUCACAUCUUACCCCAUGUCCGUAGCAUCAAGUGCAUACUUUGCUGGCCCCAUGCAGCAAAAUUCCCAUCAUUAUGUCUGGGCAAACCGCCCAUUCCCGUCGUUGCAGCCGCCGACGGGACAUAUGAACCCGCCAUACCAGCCCUCCCAUCCAUACCCGUCGUCGGGUUUCUCAGUGGGCUACAAUGGCCAGCACGGUGCCCCGCUGCCUAGUUACCAGCAAGAUUCGCAUCCAGCUCCGGCAUCGUAUUUGGCCGCUGCACCGGGACAUGCCCCUCGCCAGACUCACUCUCGAAGUCCCUCCUUGGCCCGUCCUUUUCACCCUCAUUCUGCUCCUGGCACACCUCCUCUGUCCGAUCAAUCUCUUAUGACCUCCUCUUCACCGUAUAUGAUGAACCAACCUGCCUACUAUAUGCCCGAAGCACAGUCCAUCCCAACUUCCAACCAGUCUUCCAUGAGUUCUCAGGCCCCGUCGAUGGUCGCCGCAGACCAGAUGUACUCCUCGCCCGAUUCUGUGCCCCCCACAGAACCGGAGCACCAGGUCCGAGUGAUCAGUUCAAGACCGCGACCGCAAUGCUGGGACCAUGGCUGCAACGGUCGCGAGUUUUCUACGUUCAGCAACCUUCUGCGCCAUCAGCGUGAGAAAUCCGGUGUGGUUGCCAAGGCAGAGUGUCCUAUCUGCGGCGCAGUCUUCACUCGCACGACGGCACGCAACAUUCACGUCGCCCAGGGAAAGUGCAAAAGCUCCGGGCGAGAGUCCUCAACGGAGUAA